UUUUUUUUAGUUUCAUUGAAAAUAGCGAAAAACUUUUGAACAAAUAGAAGGCUUUGAAAUUUCACAAAUUGUUGAAAAAUAAUUUAAAUUAUUUCCAAAUAAAAAAAAGUUGCAAAAAAAGACAGAAGUGGAAAGAAAAACAAAGUUGUUUUUGAAUUUUAUUAUAAAAAAUUGUUGAAUGUGCCUGAAAAUAGUGAAAAAAAAACCCACAAAAUUAACCAUGGUACGCAGUAUAUUUUCCCAGCGUUAUAAUUAUGCUAAAAUACGAGCAAAUGAAGCAUUGGAUGAUGUUUUUCGCCGCAUAGCAAUAUUUCCCAAAAUAACCAAACUGCCACGUUUGAAGCGCACUUACUACAUAGCUACACCCAAGCCCAUGAAUGAGAAAAAGAAAACGAAAAGCAAAAUUAAGGAGAAAAAGUUAUUGAGGUCUUCGGAAUGGUAUGACAGUGAUUCAAUACCCAUGAUUACCAGACUAGAAAUGGAAAUGAUAUUGGAUAUGCCGCUAAUGGAACGUCAUACGGGAGAAAAUUCCAAAGGUACUUUUAGUCAUGUCUAUUGGAAAACCAGCGAAGAGGAGAAUAUAGAAAGUGAAGCUAAAACAAAAUUAGAUAAUGAUGACAAAAAUACUAAGGAAGCAACCAGUGCUGAAACAAAGCCCAUAAAUAAUGAGUUAAAUAUUGAAAAAAAUUUAAACGAAAUUCCCCAAAAUUCUACACAAAUUCCCAUUAAAUUUGCCAUGACACCACAACCCGUAAUUUUAACUGCCACCUCUACAGCUGUAACGCAUGCUCCAUCUACUUCUGCCAACAACAACAAAGAACUAGCCGAUUUUGAAUUUGUAGUACCCGAACUUAAUAAACGAAGACGUGGCAAACAUUUGGAGAAAAGCUAUGAGUGUGAACAGUGUCACAAAAAAUUCGAUCGUCCCUGGGUUUUACACGGUCACAUGCGUUUACAUACGGGAGAAAAACCUUUUGUUUGUCCCAUACAAACUUGUCAAAAGAAAUUUGCCGAUAGAUCUAAUUUAAGAGCUCAUCAACGCACUAAAGGUCAUCAUAAUUGGAAUUAUCAGUGUCCUCAGUGUACAAAAGCUUUUAGCCAGGAAAACUACUUGAGUCGCCAUAGUUUGGAGGCUUGUCGUAAAUUUUUAGCUGCUCAUAAAAAUGUUUAAAUACAUGUUAUAUCUACU